UCUUAGUAUAUUUGAAUAGUAUACAUUCCACCAUUAAAUUCACUCUGGAGGUUAGUCCCAAUGAGUUACACUUUUUGGAUGUAAACAUCAAAUACACAGGACAGGAGUUUUUAACCACAGUCUACACCAAACCAACGGAUAGAAAUAACUUAUUGCGGCCCACAUCAUAUCAUCCUCCUGGGUUGUUUAAGGGCUUGCCCCGGAGCCAGUUGCUACGGGUCAGGCGCAUAGCAACCACUGAGGAAUUAUAUGAUAAUGCUUCUGCACAGAUGAUUGAAAAGUUCUUGGCUAAAGGAUACGAGGAAGGUACCCUAGAGAAACACAGACAAGAGGUGCGGGCUAUUCCUAGACAACAGUUACUAGAGAAAAAGAUGGUUGAAACACGCAAAUCCCCUAGAAUACCGUUUAUUUCCACUUUUGAUGUAAACUCAAAACGGUGCCGUAUGAUCGUACUUAAGUAUUGGGGACUUCUUGGCACUGAUCCGAGGUAUGGUAAGCUGUUUCAGGCUCCUCCGCUAUUCUCUUACCGGCGGGGGAAAAAUGUGGGUGAUUUGGUGAAAACGAAACCUAAGUGUAACCUAAACAACCAACAGCCUAUGAGAUCACACGGCACUUUCCCCUGCAGGAAUUGCGGACACUGCAGUGGGAUUAUCCCUGGGGAGUAUGUCACACAUCCUUUGCAAGGUUCUAAACAUUCGAUUAAAGGUUUUUUCACCUGUGACACCAGCAAUGUGAUCUAUUGCCUGAAAUGCCCCUGUGGUCUGGCCUAUGUGGGCCAGACAUCCAGAUCCAUUAAAACAAGAUUAUAUGAACAUAAGUCCACAAUCAGGAAUUAUCAACUACCUGCCGUUGGUCAAACAACUUUAGGGACACAAGCAACUACUACGGAUAAAGAAAAGGAGUUGGUUAAAACUAAACGAGAAACCCUUCUAGCCAAACACUUUUUCACACAUGGCCAAAGGGUGGCGCAGCUCCGCUGGCAGGUGUUAGAAAAAGUUAUGUGUAAACAGGGCCAAGAUAUCAAAAGAGCUCUACUACAAAGGGAGUGCUAUUGGAUCUGGGCAUUGCAAAGCAGGGCCCCGAAGGGGCUUAACGAGGAGUACAAUAUGUCGUGUUAUUUAUAAAAUUAUGGAAUGGUAGAAAUAUAUACUAAUGCUAUUCCUUCUCCUUUCAGAUAAAAACUUUGUUAUGAGAUCCCUUCAGGGACAGAUAUUCACCUUUAUAUUUCAUCACUUCCAGCACUACGUGAAGUCAAAAUAAAGGACUACCACUUAUGGACUUUAACUGAUCUUUUAUUAUGUUCUUUUUGAUGGGCAUUUUUGAUAAAAAUAUUUUCACUAAAUUUUUCUACUAAACAGGUUUUUACUGCAAUAUCUUUUAACAUUGUCCUUUUUAACUGCAUUUUCCACUAUGAAAUUUUAUAUCAGUGUAUUGUUAAUUGGCACCUGG